GAUUAUUUUUGACCAGCGAUGGUAAACAAAAAUGCCAACGGCAAUGCGAAAAAGGAAAUCAAGCAGCUUUCCCAUCCACGCGACCGACGCGUCCGACAACUAGAAAAAAAAAGGAAACGCAACGAGCGCCUAGUUAAAAAUAAAAGCAAGAUCAAGGCUGGUGAUGCACAAAAGGUGGCGCGCUUUUUUUGGUUCCGCGAGCAGUGUAAAGCUCUUGGGUGCACCCAAGAGCCAAUCUCCUCAGACGAAAUGUUGUCCCUGAUGCAGCUUUACAUCAAUCGAAACCAAAAGGAAAUUAGAGAACUCAUGUCGUUGCGCAAUCCACCCCAUGGACGCAUUCGACAAUUGGAAGCGAUGUUGGAGGCUGAAAUGGAAGCGUUUCGAUCCACAAAAGGCGUUGCCAUUCCUUCCUUGGCGAACGUAGACGAUAUAGAAAUUCUGACCGAAAUUUGGGACGGACAAACAGAAACAGCGGUGGUGGUGCCAGUAAACUAUCUUUCACUGGGGCCGAAAGUGAUUAAUGAAAGUAAACUGCAAGCGCUAGAGGCACGCAUAAAAAGUAUUGAUGCGGUACGGCAAGAGGGAAUGUCGAUUCUGCCGAAACUCUUCAAACACAACGUAAAAACGAAAAAAACAGAAAAAAAGUCAGUCAAGCGUCUUGUAACCACACCCGAGGAAUUGCAGAGGCGCAGCAUCUUGAAAUCGAGAAAAAUGCAAGAGAAGAAACAAAGCACAGUACGUGAAGCCCUCCUCCGGGAGCGGCGCGGUAACUAAAGUUGUGUGAUAAAUAACGUAAAUACGCCUGUAAUGAAAAAAAAAAAGACUACGUCAGUGAA